GGGGGCGCCCCCGCCGGUGGCGGCAGCGUCUGCGAGUCCGUCUACACCGUCGCGCGCGAGUCGCUCGGCGGCCGCAGGGCGCCCCUCGGCGGCGAGGGCGUCAAGGUCUUUGACGUUGCGUGGGAUGCCACGUGGGGCAUCGUCAGCGGUGGCGAGGACAAGAAGGUCCAGAUCAACAGGGGGCGGGACUUGCUGGCGCAGUAG